AUGAUCAAGCUCCCGGAUCCCACCGCCGCCCCAAGUCUUCCAAAAAUCUGUGAGUGUCCUUGUGACUUUAUCUUUAUAAGAGCAACCUCUGACUAUAUCCAAAGAGAGGUCUCUGCAUUGGAAGCCAAGCUAGACCGAAUGGUCGAGUUACUAGCAGCAUCAGAAAAAUCAGCCAAGGAUCUGCAAUCCAACACUAGUCAUUCACCAGAGCCAUCACCCCCGAUGCAUGAGAACCAACCCGCUACUAGACUAAGCGAUCAUGAAGGUGAUGCUCUUCUGGAGAUAUUCCGAACAAGAAUGGUCCCCUUGUUUCCAUUCAUCGUUGUGCCGGCUCAUAUUACUGCGGCGCAGCUUCGUCGGGAAAAGCCAUUUCUCUACCUAAACAUCACUAUGAUCGCCUGUCAAGACGGAAAUCGACAACGGGCCAUGGUGAAGAUUGUCAAACAAUACAUUUCCGAGCAUAUUGUGGCGUAUGGCGAACACAGUCUCGAUAUUUUGCAAGGUCUGCUUGCUCAUGUGGCUUGGUUCAUUUCUGUUCCUCGGUUGCCUGAAGGUCAUCCAGCUGAAAUGCCUUGCAAUUGGCAAGAGAAUAUUGACCUGGGCCCUAGAGCUCACGUUCAAAUAAGUGCGCAGAUGGAUGUCUUCUUGCAGCUCGCCAUAGGACAGCUUAUCAGCUUGAAUUUAAAUCAAGGGAUAGCAGCUUUGAAAAACUUGGAUCGACCUUUAUCAUACGUCAGGGCCACAGACUUCCAACCUAAUCAAAUACCCGCACGUACUCUAGAAGAGCGACGGGCUUAUCUGGGAUGCUACUACCUGAGCGUGAUGCUGACUACCUGUAUGAGAGAUAUGGAGCCUGUUCGCUUCACCAAAUACACACAAGAAUGCUGUCAGGAAUUAGUUCGAGUGAAUGAAUUAGUUCAAGUGAAUGAGGUUCCCACCGACUCAUAUCUUGUUCAACUCGUCCGGGUGAUGCAUCUUGCCAACAGAAUCCAUCGUGGCGUGUCCUUCGAUGAGAUCGACUCUCCAAACCUUUCAGCUCCGCUAGUUUUGGCGAUACGGUCUCAUCAAGCUGAGCUAGAUCAUCUGAAAAAUGAACACUUCUCUGACCUUUCAUAUGGAGAUCAUCAAACCACGCGAUUGGAUCUUCUGUAUCGCUGUUUGGAGGCAACAAAAUCAUUUUUCCUUGAAUUUCACUCCCUCCCAUUGGGAUAUCUUCUUUUCUUCCCUCUCACAUUUCUGGGUCAAUUUGGUCAAGCCAUGGUCACGCUCUCUCGCCUGACCCUAUUUCAGGGUGACAAUAUUGGAUGGGAUCGAGCCUACGUUCAAUCUAUACUGGAUUUCGAUAAAGUUGCUGAUAAGAUGUUACAAAGACUCCAAGACGCACGAGAUCUAUUCAACCAAGAAAAACAGGCUCUUCAACUUUGUGUUGAGCAACCUGAGGUUAUUCAAAGACUAUCGGCGAGAAUGGAAAUCAUGAAAGAGGUGCAUCGGAAGAGACGAAAGGCUCUUGAGAAAACAAACUUACAAGCCCCACCCGAACUUCUAGACUUGAGCUACAUCACCAACAUGCCAUUUGAUAUAUUUUUUCCAUACGGGAAUUAUGGCGAGAUCCCGACCAAUCUUGCUUUGUCGGAGUAUUUCUGA